AUGUUCUUUUAUUAAGGCUCCUACAGUUUAUUUCAGCAUAUUAUCAUUAGAAUAGUCAUGAACCUUUUCAACAAUCUAUUAGUUUAUAGACACCGUGCACUAUAAUGUGACAUGGUACCUUUUGAUUUAAUGUCCACUCACACGAUACUGUGUUUUCUCUCUACCUCAGGAUAUGGAGGCUUUGAAGAGAUCUCUUGCUUUGAUUGAGUCUAAGAUGGCACAAGCUAAAAGUUGGCUCAAAGACCCUCAUGGACAGCCAGGUGGCCACGGUGAGGUGGCCCUGCGUGUGAUACUGGAUGAAGCUGGUAAGGUGGGAGAGCUUUGUGCCGGAAGGGAGAGGAAAGAUAUUCUGGCAACAACCAAGGCUCUGGGACAAAUGACCGACCAGAUCGCAGAUCUACGAGCCAGAGGCCAGGGCCCGACCCCGGGGUGUGUGCAGCGUGCUGGCCAGUGCUCGCAGGGCUUAGACUUGUUAUUUGGCAAAGUGGACGGAGCUGCCCGCAGACUGGAGGCUCUCAUCAAUGCCAAGCAGGCCAUCGCCAGGAGGCUGGACGCAGCACAGGCCUGGCUGGCUGAUCCUAACGGUGGUCCAGAGGGGGAGGAGAACAUCAGAGCACUGCUUGCUGAGGCCAAACGCAUCGCUGAUCUGUGCGAAGAUCCCAAAGAGAGGGACGACAUCCUGCGCUCCAUCAGUGAGAUCGCCGGACUCACCGCCAAACUCAUGGAGCUCCGCAAACAGCUCAAACAGCAGCCUCAUGUCACCAGUAGCUGGCAUAUUUUACCUUCCUGGAAAUUAUGUUGUUGCCUGUCAACCUUGGGCAUCAGUCCAACCAUAAGGGGUAAAGGUGACAGUCCAGAGGCCCGUGCGUUGGCAAAGCAGAUCGGUGCGGCGCUACUGACCCUUCAGUCGAAAACAAACCGGGCCGUGGCCAACAUGAGGCCUGCAAAGCCUGCCGUCACCUUGGAGGGCAAGAUGGAGCAGGCCCUCCGCUGGGUGAACAACCCCGGGGUGGACGACAGAGGAGUAGGUCAGGCAGCGAUCAGAGGAAUGGUUGGAGAAGGGAGGAGGUUGGCAGGAGGCUUGUUAGGCCCGUAUCGACAGGACAUGAUUGGACGCUGCGACAGAACAGAGGCCCUAAUGGGAUCUUUGGCAGACAUGGCAGCCAGGGGAGAGGCAGAGGCUCCUCAUGCACGAGCCACAGCCGCACAGCUGCAGGACAGCCUCAAGGACCUGAGGCAGCACAUGCAGGAGGUGAUGACCCAGGAGGUGUCAGAUGUUUUCAGUGACACCACCACCCCUAUCAAGCUGCUGGCUGUGGCUGCGACUGCUCCACCUGACGCCCCCAACAGGGAGGAGGUUUUCGACGAGCGUGCAGGGAACUUUGAGGCCCACGCAGGUCGGCUGGGUGCGACCGCCGAAAAGGCUGCUGCCGUGGGAGCAGCCAAUAAGACGACAGUAGAGGGGAUACACGCGGCUGUGAAACAUGCCAGGGAGCUCACGCCACAGGUGACCUCCGCUGCUCGGAUCCUGUUGAAGAAUCCUGGAAAUAAAGCAGCGUACGAGCACUUUGACACCAUGAAGAACCAGUGGAUUGACAACGUGGAGAGACUCACUG